AUGCCUCCACCCGCUCCGUCGACUGGCACGCACAAGAUUGUCGUCGCCGUCGACUUCGGCACCACCUUCACGGGCAUCAGCUGGGUGUCGACCGACGGUGCCCACGUCAAGGUCCUCGACGAUGUGCACUGCAUCAACGACUGGCCAGGUCCUGGUCGUGACGGCGACUACUCCUGGAAGACACCCACCCGCAUCGCCUACGCCGACGACGGCAACCCCACUCUCUCCACCAACGCAUGGGGCUAUGAGGUCCUCCCUCGCAUGAAGUCCUACGCUUGGAUGAAGCUCCUCCUUGACCCUGCCGUCGCCACCAAGUACGACGACCCGAGUCUCGAACUCACCCAAGGCGAAGGCGUCCUCUCCAAGCCCUUCAACAAGACUCCUGUCGACAUCUGCGCCGACUUCCUCACCGAAGUCGCCCGUUUCGCCUACGAGUCUCUAGCCAAGCGCAUCUCCCCUGAGCUCCUCAAGGCAUCGCCCUUGGACUUUUGGUUCACGGUCCCCGCCGUUUGGAGCGACAAAGCCAAACACGACACCUUGAGAGCAGCUCAAAAGGCGGCCAAGCAGGCGAAGCUUAGCGCGCAUCCAGACUCCCACGUCUUUCUGAUCCAAGAGCCUGAGGCUGCCGCCGUCGCUGCACUCUCCGCUCUCACUCAAGGCGGGUCCUCUCAGCAUGUCGAUGUCGGUGACAGCGUCCUCGUAUGCGAUGGCGGCGGAGGCACUGUUGAUCUCACCAGCUACGAGAUCACCGCCAUCACUCCUAAGCUUGCCUUCAGAGAGUUGAUUGUGGGAAACGGCGGCAAGUGUGGCUCUACCUACAUCGAUCGAGAAUUCAUCAAGUGGAUGGAGGCUAGGUUCGGAAAGGCGUACACGAUGCUUUCCUGGGACAAGCGUGGACCGGCCAGCCGUCUGAUGAAGGAUUUCGAGGGACACAAGCGAGACUUUGGCAAGUCUCAAGACGUUCGCCGUGUGUUCGAGCUGCAGCUAUUCAUGAAGAACGCUUCCGACUCGCAAUUAUAUGACGAAGACGAGGGAAUUGUUCGGCUGCAGUAUGUGGAGCUGAAGCGCAUGUUCGACACGGUGGUUGACAAGAUCAAGGCUCUGUUGCAGUCACAGCUUGACUCCGAGCGUCGCCAGACGGGCAAAGUCACCAUCAAGACCAUCUUGCUGGUUGGUGGUUUCGGCGACUCCACCUACCUCAACUCUGUCCUCCGUGAGUGGUGUGAGCGUAGAGGACUCCGCCUCAUCUGCCCCGAACACCCCCAGUCUGCCAUUGUUCGGGGCGCGGCGUUCAGCGGGUUGCACAGCAUACAGCCUGCCUCUCGUCGCGCACGCUUCCAUUAUGGCUUCACCCACCACGAGGCCUUCGAUCCUAUGCGCCACAAGAAGAAGGACCGGUUCAUCUGGGACUGGGAUGGAACUGCGCGAGGCGCAGGCAACAUGGGCUGGCCACUGGGCAAGGGCGAUGUUGUGAACGAGUCCACCGAGAUUGAGACGUCUUAUUAUCGGACUGUCUAUGAAGACUCGAGCAGCGAGCCAUGCCUCUCCGACAUCUACAUCAGCGACCUUGAUGAUGCCCCCUACAAUGUCCGUCAUGCAGGAGUCCGCAAGCUUGCCACUAUCAGCAUAGACAUGAGCAAUGUGGAUCUGAGCGGAUAUCAGAGUAGAGUGGUCAACGGCCGGAUCUUGCGCCAAGUGGAGCUCAAGUACAAGGUGCAAUUCGGCCAUCGUCGCGGGGUCUUGCUCUUCCUCGUUUCGGCCGAUGGCAAAGACAUCGGCAACGCCACCGUCACCUUCGACGGCCAGAGCGCUGCCCCUGCCAUGUCUGGUCCUGGCGGAAAUGGAGGAUCGUCGCCUCUCUGCGCUAUGCAGUGA